AUGCUAGUCGGAGAGGAGACAGCAACAUCGCUGAGGAAAUUGACUGUCACUAAUGGCAUAUGGAUCCGAAUCAAAUAUCAACUGAACCAAGCACCAAUUGUGAUGAUUCUCUUCGCAGCUCAUUUGAACAUCAUUACGUACGACAGAGAUAUUUCGUGUGAUCGUGGGCAUCGCACCGAGCCAAGCUCGCCCAACAGCAACACUACAAUUUAA